AGAACACCAGUCUGAGAGAAAAUGAUGAUUAUGGAGUACGAUGUCUUCUCCUUCAGUUUCGAUCCUACAUAUCGCUUCUACAACACACUGCUUGACCAGCAAAGCCAGCUAUGCAACCACAUCAAGAAACUCCAAAAGAUAUUACAGAGACUCAGCAAACUGAACAGAUGUUCUGUCAUUGCACAUCUAACAGGAAAUUCUUUAAGUGCAGCAGGAGCAAUUAUGGCCAUAGUGGGGCUGUCUUUGAGCCCUGCAACUCUAGGAGCCUCUCUUUUGGCUUCUGGGGUGGGUUUAGGGGUGGCGGCUGCAGGAGGGGCCGUUUCCAUUACUUCAGACCUUUCUUUAGUGUUCUGUAACUCCAAGGAGGUGAAAAGAGCAAAAAAGAUUGCACUGGCCUGUCACAAUCAAAUGAAGGAAAUAAUGAAUUGUUUGGAGUUCCUGCACCGCAGUUGGAAUCCCACCGACCCUUUCUUAUUGCAGACUGAAAAAAAUGCUUGUAUUGCCCUUUAUAAUUCCACCUGCUUCCUGGUGUUCUGUGGUCCUCAGGGCUUUCUGUUGCCUGAGCACACAGAAGAGGUGACAAAAGUGAGCCAUAUCCUACUUAAGGCAAAAAUCCAGAAACUGGCCGAAAACCUAGAAGUCUGUGCAAGACACAUGGAUGAAAUCUGCAAGCUUUUAGAAAGCAGGAAAGCAUGUUCCUGGAGGACAAAAGGAUUAGUAUGAUGACAUGGGAUGAAUGGUCAGAAUGACUGCAAUAACACCAAGACUUCUUGAAAAAAUGUAACCUGGGCAUAAAAAUGCUGAAUACCGGUACUGUAAUUUAAAAUUAGGAUUUUAUGUACCCAGGAAUUUUCUCUAUGCAUUUCCUAGGAUUUGCAAUUAUCUGCACCCUUUUAUUUUUUAUUUUUGCUGAUCAACGUAACAUGUAGAAAUCAUGGUUGUAUCAGUUUGUAGUCUGUACUUUCAGCACAUUUCAAGGGAAGUUGUUUGUCACAAAGCACCAUACUUGGGUUUUCUGGGCAGGAAAAGUUUUCCAAAUGUCUGAUUGUAAGAUAGCACAGUAAGUUGAACUUUCCUUAACACAUGAAAUUUCAAUUAAUGUUUCACAAUAGGAGGAAAAUAUAGGCGGGAAUAAUUUUCAAAGCUCUGACAGUAAUUGUAUUUGAAUGCUCAAGGGGUCAUGAUGGAAUAUGCCAGCAUAGACAAAAAUAUUUGGCAAGUUCAAAAACUGUUGAAGUGUUAGAAUCAGACAGAUAAGCAAAGCCUAAAUAUUUCUGAACUUUUCCUUAUGAUGUUCUCAUAGCAGAUGGAAAUUUGCCCUAUAAGUAGGGUUAGAACUGAAUCAUUUCUUUACUUUCGUUUCUAGAAUUUACGAUCUUUGUCUCAUUUGUCUUUCAUGUACUCUUUUCACACAUAUGCCAGAAUAUAUGUAAUUUUAUAUUUAUUUAUAUGGGCCAGUAUUAUUGAACUCUUUGUUUAAAAGAAUAAGAACACUGUUAACACAAGAUAAGAUAUUCUUCACUGUGUCUGAGGCAACAUCUUUAAGUUGCUUGAAGUCAUUUUCUUUGCCAAUAUUUUCAUUCAAAAGACAUGAUAAAGAAGCCAAAUAAAAACUAGGUUGCAAACCAAGAUCCCCCCCCCCCCAACAUUCUAUUAGAAUUUCAUUUGAAGAAUUAUUUUUAAGAAAUCACCUCCUAUGCAUUUCAGAAACAUUUUACUAGAAUGUGCAAAAAUGUUUUAAGAAAAGCCUUUGCAGAUUGAAUCUUUUGAUAAAAACUGUUCUGUGUUCACUAACUUCACUGUAAAAAAUAGAUGUUCCUCUUCACUUGAUUAAUCAUCAGUUUUAUAUCUUCAAAAUAUUGUUGAAUAGAAGGCUAGGAAGAAAAAAAAACCUAAAUCAAAGAUGGUGGGAACCUUUCCUCAAAGACUUUUUCACAAUGGAAAAGAGAGUUAGCCAAGCAUUUUUCUUUCUUUUUCUUUUUCCCAUUUCUUUCACAAAGGAUAAGGCAUGCUGGGAUCAAAAGAUAACAGAAGGGUUGAGUUGUUGCUUUGUAAUUGGAUACUGUAAACUUCCACUAUCUUAUUAUGUUUGAAAUUCAUUUUACAAGAAACUGUAAGAUUCAGCAGUCUUGAUGGAAAAACUAAGAAUUAAUUGGGAAUGAUUUUUGCACAUUACAGAACUUUUUCACACAUCUAUAGAUAUUCAUGCAAAUAAUUUUGUAUUAAUAGAGUUCCCAAAUCUGGACACCAGAUAGGGUCAUCUGAAGAUCUUCAGCCCAAAUCUGGUAGUAGUACAACCCCUACCCCCCCCGCCCCCAUCCUGCAAGUGGAUGUCAGUUCUGUAAACUUUUUAAUGUGCUAUUGGAAAUUAUUGCCUGGGAUGUAAUAAAUUUGGAACCAGACUCCCUAAAAGAGAAAAGAUGAGAAAAAAGGCAAAAAUAACCAUACAUGCCUAUCAGAAGAAUGAGAAAAUGUUUCGAGGUAUACAUGUAAGCUUAAUUCUCAACCAGAUGUUGUGUUUUGAGCUAUUCCAUUUUACAGAGCAGGUCUAGGUUUUAUGCAAUUGAAUGAUUUCUCCUGUCUCUACAAAUAAGAACAAGAGCUCACAACAUGACAAAGCUAUCCUGAAAUGCCUGCUUUCUUUAGGCAGUGAUUUUAUUUUCAUAUUGGGGAGCAUUCAGUCAUAUGUGUCCAAUGACACAGCUUGGGCUUAUCAGUAGUGAGAACGAAACCAUCAGGCUGUCAAAUCCAAAGAUGAUGUAAUGUUUCCCAUUUCUUUUUGUAUGAGUAAGGAGUAUCUUGGGAGAUCUCAAGCUCCUUAAAGUGAUGGCAAUGAAGGAAUUUAAAUGCAUGAGAGUCAAAGGAUGUGAGUGUAAGGUAUAUUUUGUGGAGACAUUAUAGCAAAUCUGGCAUAUUCUUUGUCGGUCUGUCCCUGUGGGAAAGGAAAAUGUGCCCAUUAUUAUCUCUGGGUUAUUUCAGUCAUUUAUAAAACCAGGAAACAUAUUCUACAGAAUCCUAAUGCAGUGUAAAAAUCAGAACAAGUAUGAAAUUAUUUUGUGAUCUGUUAUUUAUAUUAUUUCUACCCAAUUCUUGAAAAAUCUAUUUCAGAAAAAAGCAACUUCCAUAAACAUCUCAAUGGAUUCAGGAUAUUUGGAAAAAUAAAUAUGAUAGCUGGUAUUAUUUCUUCAUCUUCAAAUAUACAAGUUCAGCAGAAAUUAUCAGUGGGGUAAAGUUCCAUGAUCACAAUAAUAUGAUCCUAGUUCUUUUAAUCUAAGCUCUCUUCUGCUCUUCUAUACAAGAGAAUAGUUAUGAUAAACUUAAAAUCAAGUGUGACCUUUUGUCCAAAUGCUUCAUAUUAUGAUUUAUUCAAAUAACUAACCAAGUGAGAUCCCAAACAAUGGUCUAUCUGCAAUUUAUGCAAGUAAUACUUUGCCACAUACUAAACAGGUGCUUCUGAUACUUGAUAUAGUACUGUAGCUGAAAUUCAGAUUAAGAACACUGUGAUCCAUGAGCUCCUGGGGCUAAUGGAUGUGAGUUGCAAAAUUCAGUAUGACUACUAGAUAAAAGCAGAGAGCUAAUGCUUUCUGCACUUCUUUACUGCUGUCUAGACUCUUGAAGUCCAGAUCUCGUAGCCCUAGGAUUUCCAGAUGACUAUUAACCAAGCAGCCUGUUUUGCAUUUGUUUAACAAAAUGCUGCACUGGUCACCUCAUUUAAUUUUCAGCAGCCACAUGUUAUGUUAGUGGAGUACUCUUUGAGGGAGGGAGAUGGUUGUGAUGGAAUGCAGGCAAUAGUGGCACUAGUUUCACUAUAAACUUUCACCAUUAAUGAAUGCUGAGAAUGACUAGAAUAGAGUGAAUGUAUUUAUUUCCCUUCUGCGCUUUGUAUUUUCAACCCCUAAAGAAGUAAGAAUGCUACUGAACAAGCAAACAUGAACCAAAAGCCUGAGAAGGGGAACAUGUAUCACUGAUCUAGAAACCUAACAAAGAUACAGUAUAUUUCUGAUGCCACACUGCAUAUAGGACAUUUAAACACUAGUAUCGCAUGUUCCUAUGGAUUGUUGACAUAUAUAAGAGAUUCCAAAGUUAUACAAAGGGCAGAUAAUAUGAUAAGCAGUUUACACUGCCAUGUAGAAAUGCCUAAAAGUGGUCUAAUGCAAAUAUCUUGGAGACCUAAUCGAGCAUAAGGAAGAAAAACUCAAAGGAAAGGUAGAAAUUGUGUAUUUUUGAAGUAUUGUAUGUGAAAAAAAGAAACUGACCAAGAAUGAACAAAGAAAUCAGAAAGAUUGUGUAAGUAGAAAGAUUCAUUAAGAAAAAUGGAAAAUAAAGGGGAAAAAACCCUACAGAUAAGGCUGCCAGGUCUCCUUUUUGAAUAAUGAUAAUACACGAAUGGUUGGUGGAUGUUUAGUCACUGUAUAUGUUACCACUUCAAUUUUUGAUUUUUUGUUUGCAAAUAUUGUUAUUUGGCAAGUGUUGCAGAAACGUGGCAAAAAAUAAAUCUUUCAUAUUUAUAACUGAUAAAUUGGUGACAAUAUUAUUUGUAAAAAUACAGCGACUGU